CAUGAAACCGUUAUUUUGUAUGCCAAAACAAAGCUUAAAGAAAGACACAGUAAGCGGAUAUGGCAACUGUUGGCGGACUGUUUCAGGAGCAUUCCUCAGCUGUCUCCACUGGUGAACUGUGUGUCAAGUUGACUCUUCUGCUGGAGAAGGAAGGAGGAAGUUCCAAUGGAACGAAAUGUACCAAAAAGCUGUAUACGUCCAUUGUCAAGCACAUAGACUCGGCAGUGGCCAAUGCUAAGUAUGAGUGGCUUCACACGCUGUUCAAGACACUGAGUCACCUUGCAAAGACCAGCACAGAUCUAUCCAGUGGAUUCCACAAGUUCAUCACAUUUCGUCUCCCAGACAAGAUUGUGUCGUGGUGUGAGGCCCUGUUGAGUAAGAGUAAGGGAGAGAGCUGGGGACAAACAGUGGACAAUGUUCUUUUCAAUCUAACGGAGAUUCUUGGCCAUUUGAGUGAAGAUGAUCAGAAUGUAAUGUUACCUCUGUUGACAUCACUUCUGAGGUGUGUCUGCAGUAACUCUCUACCAUGUUCGGCAAAAAUUGAGGCAGCACGAGGGUCAAACAUCCUACUAGAAACGUGUCCAGAAGUUUACAAAAUAGAUCUCACCAAAAAGUCUGAAAUAAAGCAGCUCAUAUUGCUUAUGGGCAAGUCUAUUCAAACUGCAGGAAAUUUUGAGCUCCAAGUGUCCAUUGUGGAGUGCCUAUAUCGUAUGACCACUGAUUCUGCAAGGGCAGUCUUGGCUCAGAAGUGGUUCAACAACUCUCCCGUUGGAGAGCGCUUUACUUCAAUAAGAGAGGCCGAAUUUGAAGUGGACUGCAGACUGUUUCUGAACGAGCUGAACUUGUAUGCUAAAGAGAGAAGUGUGUACAGUCUGUCAUGUAUGAAGCUCUUCUGUGGCGAGUUUGAGCUCCAUUGUCCCCAAGAUAAUAGCGUGGGCUGCUUUUGGGUGGACUUCAACACUGGGAGCAAUAGUGUGACUGUGUACGUGGAGGACCCAGUAUGCGAUACAGAGCAUCAGGAGAAUGUGUGGGAAAUGAUCACCAUCAAAGAAUCAUCUGUCGACAACUGGACAGUGAAAGUUCAUGGUGGGGAAUUCAUUCUGUUGCUAUGUCUCAAAGACCCAGCGCAUAUUCUCCUCCCAAGUAUCCCACCCUCCACUUCUCACGAUGUCACUAUACAUUUCAACUCCGUCUGUGAUCCCAGCCACCCCUCAAAACUGGUCCUAGGAGCAACCAAACAGACGUCCAAGUCUUCCAAACAAAGCAGGGCCAUCGAUUAUGUGCAAGUCAUCCAGAAGAGAGUACACAAGCUAACUACUCCUCUCGAGAUCUCCCCCAUUGAGGCCCCACCAGACACUCCAGUGCAAGGAGAACAAGUCAAUUCUCAAAACUCAAAUCUCACACCCACACCCAAGACUCUACAGCAGGCCACCCCAGCCACCUCCACUCCCAAACACUGUCGCCUCAAACAGAUUGCUGCAACCUCGACCACACCUGCUCACCCCACCCCCUCCUCAUCAGGUCGACGCCCACCUCUCAUGUUUGCAUCUAGCGGAGGAGCUCCGGCCAAAAAUAAGGAACGUUCCAAAGCUAGCAUGGCUCUUAACACCAUCGUAUUGGGAUCUAAAAAGAGCAGAAUUAUUCAAAUGAGCGUUGAGAAAACUGAUGAUGAGCAAUUGGACUCUGAAGGAGUGAAGGAGAAAAAUGUAAUUUCAAGUUUAAAACACCAAGCCAACGCUGAAUUGGAAACUCCGACAGGACGGUCAAAGAAAAUAACUGGGAACAAGAAACGUGAUACUCACCUGACCAAUUUCAGGACCCUCGAAUCUCCUGGAGGUGUUGACUCACCUGUCUUUGAUUAUGAUCCGACAAAUGUUGUAAAAAAGAAACUACAGCCACAAGUGAACAGUGUGCCCAAAAAUGAACCUCAAAAACAAGUUGCAAAAAAACAGACUAAACCAAAGCAAAGAUCUGACAAGUCAAAAGACAGCAAAUCUGAGAACUCGGAUACACGUAUUGUCAAAGUGCCAGUCAAAUGCUCAUCUCUAUUAUCAUGUAGUAUAACUUCAUCUCCAGACUCUGUUCUGUCUGAUCUGUCCAAUGGAAAACAGAGAAAAUUUAACCUCAGCGGCGUUAGCCAAUCUCAUGCCAAAAAGAGUCAGUUGAAGGGAAGAAAUUCGAAACACGGAUCAAGAGAAUCGUCCUUCCACACGUUAGAUGUCACUGAACCUUUGGCUAUCCCUGACUCCCUUCCCACUGAAGCUGUGAAACCUCCUGCAAAUAAACUUUGUACCAAGUCGAAAGCAACACCAUCUCUAGUUAAACGUACCAGACGGAGCUAUUUGGAGAGCGAUGAUGAACCUCCCAAUGAUCAGUCCUGGGAACCAGCUAAAGAAGUGGUUAAGCCCAAAAGCCUGAAGACAAAGCCUACAUCAACUCGAAUAACUGCAGGGAAAACAGCUGUUAAAAAAGUAGCAAGCUCUAAAAACAUUACUAAAAGCAAACCUGUUGAAAAACCACCAAUGGCAUUUAAGUCACAGUUUGAGAAACAGCGAUUCAUUGAUGAGGUGUACGGUGACUUCUCUGUUCCUAGUACUAAACCAGCUCCAACAAAGAAAGAUAGAAAAAGAAUCAUUGAAGAUGUUUAUGGUCUUACUGAACCAGAUUGCGAAGUACCCAAGACAAAAGUUAUCAAGCCAACAACUACGGCACAGAAAAAAGCAACUAAACAAAAUCCUUCACACAAACGCUCGUCUAGAGUCAAGCCUAAGAGUCCUCUGAAACCAAAAAGGACAGUUCAAUGUAAACAACCCGAACUUGUCACCAAUGAAAAGACUACCUCGAGAAAAUCCUCUAAGACUGUCACAAAACCACUGUCCAGUUCUCCUUCCAAACCCUCUUUCAAGACGUAUGGCAAGAAAAACUAUCAAAAACGACUCGAGGUCGAUCACAGCGCUUUUGAUGAUAUGGUUGCCAGCUAUCUUAAGAAGCAAUACAAACUGCCAGAGAAUAUCUAUCCAGCUAGUCCGUUGAAGUCACCAGAAAAGACUCUUCGGAUGUCGAUCCAAUCACCAAUUCAAGACCCUCCAGCUGAAGUUGACAAAGAAAUCUCGAUCAGUCCUUCAAGUACUGUUGUUAUGUCCCCACUGAAAGUAAGCAUUUCUCCUGAGCAACUAAUAAAGAGUCAUACUUUUGAUGAUGAAGAGCCAUCCAUUGAGGCAUCUGUCAAAGACAAAGUAUUGAACACUAAAGCAACAGAGAAAGCUAACGUGCCCAAAUCACUCAACCAACCCAUCAAAGACCCACCGGAUGCACCCCCGUCUCCUUCAGUUUCUGUACACUCAUCUCAGGUCACUGCUGACCUCAAUAUUACGUUUGGAUUCCAGAAAAUUUGCCGUGCUCUCAUUUCCAAGUCUGGUACCAAAGUAGAUCCCGAGCCACAGAUGGCAACGACCUCGUUUCAAGCGAAGAACUUUCCUAAAGAUUGUGAGGAGCUUGAAGAAGUUGCGAGUGUAUCAUCCAAUCAUAGCAGUGAGUCAGAGCAGGAUCACCAUUCCCUACGCCUAUCUCUAACUCAACUAACAAGAGAUAUAGUGAGCAGUCACCAGAUGCAGCCCCAUAACAUUGGUGCCAAGAGGAAACAGCCUCCAACACCCACAAAGAUCCCAGCAAGGAAAGCUCUGUGUAUUACUAAGAAGAAGGAGAUUACUACACGACCUAAGACAAAGCCUCCAGUUGUUUUUCAACGAAAUGCAAGGCUGGAUUCUGAUGAGGACAUGCUCUCUGAUGCUGACAGCAUAUCACAGCGUGACAGUGUAUCAGUGUACUCUCACACCAACACAAAGGCCUCUGUCAACACCGACUCUGCAGGUUCCAUUAGCACUCUAUAUGAGGAGGAAGAGGACGAGCAACCACCAAGACUAAUAGAGCACAGCUCUAAUAUGCAAGAUCUUGCGAAUCUGUUUGGAAAUAAGUUACAAACUGCCAAGAGAGGCAAACCGAGGAAGCCAACCAACUCCAAAAAUAGCCACGCUGAACUACUGCAAAUGUGGCAACACCAUCAUGACGAGAGAGGUGGAACUCUUACAUUGUACGGAGACCAACUGUACAAAGAGUUGGAAAUUCUUGAGAGAGACGUACAACAAACACGUGAUGUUGAGAAGCAGACCAUGCACUUCAUGACAAAGAAACUAACAACACUGCGGCAGAACAUUGGAUCACAACAGAAACAGGUUGAUCGUAUUCGCACCUUGCAAGUGUCCUUCCACCAACACCUUGGUAAACUGGAGGAGAGUCAGAGCAGUGAGCAAAUGUGGGCACACAAGUCUCUCAAACAAGAAAUGCACAGUCUACAGAAGAAACUUCUCGUUGAUAACGAGAGGAAAGAAAUAUCACGAGUCAAGCAAUGUCUGCACGCCAUGUUGCUGCAAGUAUCUUGAACUGACAUUCUAUUAUACAGACAUAAUAAGAGCUAUGAUUACAUGUCAGUCAUCUGUUCAUUGAUAAUUUUAUCACUUUUAAUUAGUCCAUUCAUUUCCCCCCUCACCUACAUGUACAUAUACGAUCCUUCAAUAUCAGCAUUACAGUAUAUUCUGUCAUUUGGCAUAAUUAUUAUUGACCAAUUUUAUAUU